AUGAUUGUAUUACUCUUAAAAUCACAUUAUGAAGGUUUUAGAUUGAAUAUUUUCUUUUAUGCUCUAAGUUUACUACUAGAUGUGUGUAGAUUGAAGAUACUAAGUCUUGGAGCAAUAAUUCUCUAUUUUUAUUUGACUCACAAGUUAAACAACUACUAUCUGCCAGAUGGAGGAAGUCCUGUAGGUCAUUUAUAUUUGAAAGGAGGCAUACUUAAUGACUACAAACACAUUCCAGAAAUGGCAAUCUAUUAUCCUGCAUCGAUUGAAGAUUGCAAAAAGCGUAAAAAAGGGUUCAAGUGGCUAAAAGUUAAGGAUUACGCAAAAAAAAUGGAUGAUACUGCUAAAAAGGACGUACGCAGAAAAAGGAGGGUUCCCUAUCUCUUUUUUAAAAUUGUAGUUUCACAAUUCUAUAAGUUUAUGAUAAAUGUGUAUGAAAACGCAUAAAUUGACAUAAAUUUUGCAGAAACAUCAACCAAUCUUGCUAAAUUUUCAGUGAUAGUAUUAAGUCAUGGAUUGGCUUCACAUUGUGAUGGAUACUCUGUUGUGGCUAGAUAUUUGGCCUAGUAAGGUCAUAUUGUCUUUGUUCCAGAACAUAUCGAGAAUAUUCGGAAUAUUUACUUAACUAAUGAAGAAAAUAGAGAAUAUAGAAAAUUGUAAUUAGUAGAUAGAAUAAAUGCAGUAAAGCAGGUCUUAGAUAUAAUAUACAAUCAAAAACUCUUCUCGGAACUUUUCAAGCAUCCUGACAAAAAGAUACAACCAGAUUAUGAUUAAAUUUCGAUCAUCGGCCAUUCUUUUGGUGGAUCGACUGCAUAUGCAAUAGCUCAAACUGAGAAGAGAAUCACAGGAGCUUGCAUUCUAUAUGAUCCAUGUCUGUAUAUUUUCGACUUUGAAGAAAAGGUAAAAUUGCACAUUCCGUUGAUGAGCAUAAAUGCCGAUGAUUUCUAUAGAAGAUUGUAUUCAUUUAUGGAGAACGACGAAAGAUUGGAGAAGGCAUUCCAAUUGAUCGAUGGACCUAUUUCAGAUCAUUGUGCUAAUAUUUAUAUCAAGGACCAAUAACAUGCAGAUUUCUCUGAUAUCCCAAUUAUUUGGAAUGGUGAAAGUGGACUUUAUAGUAUAUCUAAAAAUGUUCAUGAAGUGCAUUUGAGAUUUGGAAUGAUUUUGCUAUUGACGAAGAUAUUUUUAGAAGAAUCGAAAUAAUAUCAUAAAAUUAAACAUAAUAAACAGAUGAUAAAUGGCAAUGAGGAAUUAAAAUCCAUAAUACUAAAAGAGGUGGAGAAGAGUUUUGGUGCUCAAAGAUUAAAAUUGUUGAGAUGGAAAGCCGUUCAAAAUGAAUGA